AUGUUUGCUACAAGACGCCUCCUGCAAUCAUGCAGAAUCACUCUCUUCACCCGUCCCAGCUGCGGCAUGUGCGACCAAGCAAAAGAGUCGCUGUCCAAGGUCUGGGAUGCCAGGCCAUUCGCCUACGUCGAGGAGAACAUUGACGUCAAGGGCUCGAAAUGGAGGGAUCUAUAUGACUUUGAUGUCCCCGUCGUAAGUUUUAUCGUUCUCUAUCUCAUACUAGAAGAGCAAUUGGCUCGCGGCGAAUGGUUCCAACUCAAUAUUUCCCAGAUUCACAUCAGCAAGAGCAGUUCCCCCAGCGAAGACGUGACCACGGCCAGCAAGGCCGUCAAGCUGAUGCACCGCUUCACGCCUGAACAGGUGCGGGCCAAGAUGGACGAGGUGGAGAGCAAGUAA